GAUGACGCAAAUAACAUGCGCCAAAACCGGGAAACUGAAAUUUGAACUGCAAUAGCUAGCUGGCUAAAAUAAUUUCCAUCAAAAAUCUUUCACGGAAUGUUAUCUACUUGGAGUUCAGACUGGAAAUCAUAAACGUUUAGUUAUGGCAACCGCUGCUAAGACUCCAGCUGGCGCAGAUCCGAAACAGCUGGAGCGCACCGGGUCAGUGCGAGAGAUUGGCUCGCAAGCUGUUUGGUCCCUUUCGUCGUGUAAACCCGGAUUCGGUGUGGAUCAGCUCCGAGAUGAUAAUCUCGAGACGUACUGGCAGUCAGAUGGAUCUCAGCCUCACCUGGUCAACAUUCAGUUCAGGAGGAAGACCACAGUGAAAAUGUUGUGCAUUUAUGCUGAUUAUAAAUCUGAUGAGAGUUACACCCCCAGCAAGAUCUCUGUCCGUGUGGGCAACAACUUCCACAACCUUCAAGAGAUCAGGCAGUUGGAGAUGGUAGAGCCCAGCGGGUGGAUCCACAUCCCCCUGUGUGACGUGUUGAAGGGGCCCAUCCGGACCUUCAUGAUCCAGAUUGCGGUUCUGGCCAACCACCAGAACGGGCGUGACACUCACAUGCGCCAGAUUAAGGUCUACACACCCGUGGACGACAGCUCCGUUGGCAAGUUCCCGCGAUGCACCACAGUGGACUUCAUGAUGUACCGGACUAUCAGAUAGCCUGAGCAACGGCUUCC